AGAAGUAAACAUGAACCCCAGGAAGCUGCCUCCUCCCCGGACAGCAUGGCUGAAAAAGCAAAAGUUCACAUCUUCCUAGGGGCUCCUCUUCCCUCCUCUGACUCUGAAGCUGGGGUGAAGGAACGAGACUGUCCCCUUGCAGAAUGGAGACACCUGGAGCUCACCUGGAGAGAGGGGAGACUAACACCUGCAGCAGAUGGUCCUGAAAAUGAAGCCAGAGCAUCUAGAGUAAGCUCAGAAAAAGAGGAGGCCCAGAAGUCUGAUCUGAAUCCAGAACUUCAAGCUGAUUGGACCAGGGCAACACUCCAAGAUCACCCAGGAAAAGGGAUGUCGAAAACACCAGUUCUGAUCCCAGAGGAGAACUCAGACGGUGCUGAGGAAGAUCAGUGUUCCUCUUCAGUUCAUGAGUAUCUGGACAGCUGUUUCCCUGCAGCUCAACCAGAACCAGAACUUCAGCAAUCAGCUGCUAUCCCUCCUCUGUCCACACGGACACAGUACCUCAUUAGCUGGACUCUAAGUCAGGCUUUAAUCCUGAGAGGCAGGCACAGCAUCCAGUCAGCAGCUAACCCCACCGAAACCCCUCAGUCUGUCGGCUCAGGCACCCCAGAGCUCUUCAGUCCUGAACUUCCAUCACUCGGACCCUCCGCUGAGCUCUUCAUCCAUCCCUGUCCAACCCCAAGGACUGAGGAGGGAGGGGUCAUCCUCCAGGCCACCACAGAUGGUGUCCUUUGUUCCCAGGAGUCUAAAAACUCCCACAACGUCUCCACAAAGAACCCCAGCAGCAAGAAAACUCAAAUCUCUGAAGAUUCUGUGGGUCUUGACAGAACCAGUAGAGCGGGUCUGCAGAGUCCAACCACACCUCUAUCCAGGUGCAACAUGGUGGGUUGGAGAUACUCUGUUCUGGUGGUGGUGGUCCACCCGUGUCACCUAAAGGAGGUCAAGGUGAAGUCUGGGCCAUCAGCAGGAAGCUUUGUUGCUUUGGCAUCCAUCAUCGUAAUGGACCAGUAUGGAACUGAGAUGAAGGUAGUACUGUGGCGUCAGGCAGCGUUCUGGACCCUGACUCUUUGUCCUGGAGAUGUCCUGCUUCUCGCAGGGCUUCAGGUGAGUGAAGACAAGUGGAGAGGAGAAGUGGUGCUGCAAUCCACAUUUAGCAGCAAACUGCUCAACCUGGGGCACGCCUCCACUGUACCGACAGUUACCCAGCAUGUUGAUGCUCACUCGCUCAGCUCUUUGUGUAGCUUUAUUAAAGAGCAGCGCCCCCUGCUGUUGACUCUGUCCCGUCCACCUCCACAGGACCUGAACCGCCUCCGCUACACCUCUCUACGGGCGCUAAGGGUCAACAGUCUGGUUCAUGCCCUGCUGCGGGUCAAGCAUGCACACAUCAGCUCAGAUUGGAGAAGCACAGCAGAGUCUCACUGUAGGUCUGCAGUUCAGAUGAAGGCAGUUCUGGUUGUGGAGCAGUCUGAUGGUCUGCAGGGAACACUGCUGCUGUGGGAAGCAGCUUUGGACUGGCUGCCUCUCUUCAACAAACGCACAGAUGCUGUGUGGGACUUCCAUGUCCUUCUGGUGAGGGAAGGGUUGGCGUCUGAUCUCCUGGAACUGCACUCCACCCCCUGGAGCUCGGUACGGGCCCUGGACCAGACUGACCGCAGGCUGCAGGACUUCUGUCGGAUUCAGCCUUGCCGAAAGGAAAGAAGCAGUCCAGUGGAGCUCGACGUAAACACACUUCUGUCUCAGAAGUACAGUGGUGAGGUGGAGCUUAAAGUCCAGAUCUUGGCAUUCCAGUUCCGGGAUGUUUCGCCCUCUCAGAACCCACCUCAACCAGUUCUGGACAGCUUUACGCCGCUAGAGGCCAUCGUGGCAGUUCUGAGAGGUGGCAUCACCUACACUGGCUGUGCUCGCUGCUCCACGGAGCUUGAAACUGACGUCAAUGAGAUCUACAUCCCCUGUUACCCCUGCCUGCCUCACACUGCUGUGCGCUGCUUCUACAGACCAGGUGCGCUGACCGUCAGUGGACAGGGUGGCCGUCGUCUGCGUGUUGAUGUCCCGCCACUUCCUAUGCAGAACAUCUUGAAUGUUCCACCUGAUAAACUUCAGAGGACCUCAGGAACUCAGAUGAAACACAUCCAGGCUGCAGCGAAGCAGAUCCAGAACCUGCUUGCCUGUCCCAAGAAAACCACCCUCACCCUGCAGAGUCAUUUCCUGUGUGAUGAGAACAGCGUCAUAAUUAGUCAGGAAUUAAAGCUUUUGAACUUUCAUUUGAUUUGAGGAGAUCCUACCAACACAAGGGACAGGGCUUACAUCAGGUGUUCUUCAGGUUCUAUAGAACAGGAAAAGUCCACUGCAAGGAGCCAAGUUUGGAGAUAAUCCUGUAAGGCUGACUGUUCAACUACUGAAAGAAGCUAUCGUAGAAUAUU